AUGUCUGGAAUCAGCAAGGCUUGCUGCUCUAUUCCCCCUGUGGUGUCCAAGGGCUACCAGGCCAAGGGAGCUUACCAGACCAUCAAUGGUCUCAAGACAUACGUGACUGGUCCUGCGACCGCCACAAAGGCCAUCCUUCUCGUUUACGAUAUCUUCGGCUUCUUCGACCAGACCAUCCAGGGCGCCGAUAUCCUGGCCAACUCGAACGAACAGAAGUACCGCGUAUUCAUGCCCGACUUCUUUGAGGGCAAGCCCGCUGAUAUCUCCUGGUACCCUCCUACCACCGACGAGCACAAGAAGCUCCUCGGCAACUUCUUCCAGAACCAGGCCGCCCCUCCUCUCCACCUCCCCAAGCUCCCCGAGAUCGUGGCCGAGGGCAACAAGCUCGCCCCCAAUGGUGGAUUCGACUGGUCUAUUUUGGGCUUCUGCUGGGGUGGUAAGAUUGCCGCUUUGGCCGUCGCUGGCGAUAACAAGAUCUUCAAGUCCGCCGCUCAGUGCCACCCCGCUAUGAUCGACGCCAACGACGCCAAGACCAUUAAGGUUCCUUUCGCCAUGCUCGCUUCCAAGGACGAAGCUGCCAGUGAUGUCGAGGCUUUCAAGGCCAACCUGGUUGUCCCCAACCACGUUGAGACCUUCUCGACUCAGAUUCACGGCUGGAUGGCUGCCCGCUCCAACUUGGAGGACCCUGAGGUGAAGAGCGAGUACGAGCGUGGUUAUAAGACUCUGCUCCAGUUCUUCGCCCAACACGCGUAA